AUGGCUUUAAUUUUACUACUUUCGAUAUUUCUAUUUUGCAAUCAAAUCCAAUACUCCCAUCAUUUUCUAAUACCUAGUCGUGAAGAAUUGUUACUAGUACCAUCGGUAGCAUUUCGUUAUCAUUCUCCAGAAUUACCUUCAACAUCUAAUGCCAAAUCAACUGACGAUUGGGUUCUCUAUGCACAAGGCUGGUAUUUUGAGCAGAAUCCAAUUCGUUCAUUACUCGCACGAUCAGUUUUAUCGACAACCGUUUCAAAUAUAAAAGAAGAACGUGUAGCUUAUUUUACGGCUAGUGGUAAACGAUAUCGUCCGUUAUGUCUAGAAGGCUUAACAACGCAACUUUGUACAAAAACCAAUGAGGAAGGUCUCGUAUCUACACAAUUUCGUAUAUCAAAUGAUAAUAUUGAAAAAUUUCGACAGCCUGGCGGUGUUGGAGGUAAAGUUCUAUUUCAAUUAUCAACAAUAAACAGUCAACAAUAUGUAAAAUCGACGGGUGAAAUAUAUCUAUGUGACGAUAAUGGUAUUUCCUUUAUAAGUGAUAUUGAUGACGUGAGUGAUUUCUACUUUUUACAUAAUCAUUCACCUGAUCUAAAGGUGAAUUCCCAUUUCGUCGAAAGCUCAAUUGAUAUUCCUGUUUCGUCGAAAAAAAUUUUAGAGCUUUUUGUCUAGUGUUCCUGUUUCAUCGAAAAAUAAAACUAGAAGUAGAAUAUAGAUUAUGCUGAUUAAUAAAGUAUUUUUAAACAAACUAAUUAAAAAGAAUUAUUAUUAUUAAACAUUGGUGUAAAUGAUGCCAGUUGCGGUGCAGUGCAGUUGUGUGUACCCAGGUGAUUGAAUCGUACUAUCCGAUCGUACAAGAUCGUAUACGAAUCGUACGAAAUCAUAUACGAUUAUGUACGAUCUAUAUACGAAUCGUGGUACCUGAUUUGUCGUCUGGCUAGUACUGUACGAUUUCAUACGAAGUUGUAUGAUCGUAUAUGAUCUUGUACGAUCGUAUUAUACGAUCCAGAGGACAAAUCAGAUACCACGAUUCAUAUAUGAUUUUCAUACGAUUUGGUAC